AAGACCUGCUCCAAUAAGCAUUUUAGAGGGAAAGGAAAUUCACCUCUGCGGCCUGAGCACUUCAAAACGUCAUCGUAUUUUGUCAAUCCGAAGCACCGAAAGAGAGAAAUGUCGAAGCGGGGAAAGAAGAAGGACGAGGACUACGCCUCCGAAGACGAAGAGCCCAAUAAGCGUCCCAAGAAAUCUUCCAAAGCCGACGAUUCCGAUGACGCUGCCGACGACAUUGUCGUCUGCGAGAUAUCGAAGAAUCGGAGGGUUUCUGUGAGGAACUGGCAAGGAAGAGUGGUUGUUGAUAUUCGGGAGUUUUACGUCAAAGAUGGCAAGCAACUCCCUGGCAAAAAAGGGAUAUCAUUGACCAUGGACCAGUGGAAUUUACUUCGUGAGCAUGUGGAUGAAAUUGACAAGGCAGUUGCUGAGAAUAGUUAGAUGGUCAGGCUUGGGAUUGUGUACUUUUGUUAAUAUGAAUCAACUGGAAUUUUGCAUGAAGAAGGGGCUGGAAGGAUGUAACUAGUGAUAACUCUACUUAGACAUGCUAACAUGUUAGCCUUAGUUUAGAGAAUGUAAAAAGAUAAAUCUGAUGCAGCUUUUGAGCUUGUUAUGUCUAUUAUCCAUGCAAUGUCUAUUUUGAGGUCAUUUGCCAAA